GGAGCACGCCCCCGACGACGCGUGCGAGAUAGGGAUGGCGGCGCAGUCCACGGCGGGCUCGGCCAGCCCAGGAUCGCCACCGGCCUCGGAGGCGCCGAUAGCGAUCCUGGAGCCGCCUCCACGGUCGCGCUCUCAGAGUGUCCUCGCGGACAGGCUCGCGUGGGCGGGCCCGCUCGUCGAGGUCGGGGCGGGCUCGGUGAGGACGGCGCUCGCCGGCCUCUCCGUCACGGCGGAGGCGGUGCUCGAGGGGCUCUCGGCCGCCCGCGACGCCGGGCGGCCCUCAAAGGCCACGCACUGGGUGCUUUCCGACGUCGACGCCGUGCUGAAGGCCUGCCGCGAGGCGGGCAUUGGGGAGGCGAAUGACCACCACCGCAGAGCGUGCCUCGGCCAGUUUGUGGUCGCAAAGGAGGUCGACAAUGCCGACGACACCGUGAAUUGCUACGUGCCGUCCCUGGGCCGGAACGUCUGGUUCGCUGCGCGCGCGCUGUCGAAGACGUCGUUGGAGCCGACCCCGGCGCUGCGGGCGCCGGCCCCGGGGCCGCCGCGCCCGAGCCGGUGCGGCGGCACCCGUCGGCGGAGGACUACCUGGCCUUCAGCCCGUUCGGCUGACGGGGCCGCCCGCGCUUCUGUCAUCUCUCCUCCCCGUGCAUGCCGCAGGACCACCCGCGUCGGCGUAGCCAGGCCGUGACCGCCGUGCGGUUGGCGCAGGCGGUCGGCUUCGGGGGCCCAGGGAGGGCGAGGUGGACGCAAGCCUUGUGCGUUGCGUCUGCCCGUCUCCCCCUUUUUCCCUUGGCUUGGCCCUGUUCGAGGGGCCCCGGAGGAUGCAAUCCCUCCUGAGAGGAGGAGGAGGACGGGGGUGUGGAGCGCACGGAUAUGUUCUGCUGCCGUGCCAGAAUGGCGCGCGGACGGGCGCUGGCCUCCGCCGCCGCUCCGAUGCCAGAAAGAGCGAGCGCCGCACGGCCCAUCCCGAUGCAGCCUGGCUCGGUGGGCCGUCCCGCUCGCGCUGGUUCGGCAA